UCUUGGUCCUAACAAAAGUGCGGCAUUUUGUGCGCCACUGUGCUGCUUUCGUUGGUAUACAGAAAUCGUAAUUCUCGUUCCGCGGCUCGUGUCUACGAAUUCAGUGUGUAAAACACAUUGCACAAAGUGUCCCUAACCGCCUGCAAUAGCUUUAAACUGCACGGCUUUGUCGUUGGCGUGUGCCACUGGAGAGAGUUGCCGGUUGGGGCCGCAAAAAAAAAUUGCAAUCGGCAUUUUGGCUCCGUGAACUGCCGUGAACGCCGCUUUGACAAACGUACGCACACAUACAUACAGAGAGACGCGCGCGCACGUAGCGUCGGAAAAGAGAAGCAGGAACGAUUUGGCACAAAACCGGCCGGAUUCGCACGGCAGGCAGCAACCCUUUCCUUUCCCGAUUGCAAGCCUAACGGAAUUUGGCGGGAGUGUGUGGUGCUGCGGACAGACCAUUUGGACCUUUCCCGACCGCUACUAAUCAGAAGAAAAGCAAAAUGGGUGAUCGAGCUGAUGGUGCGGAAGCUUUUGACGAUGCGGUCGAGGAGCGCGUCAUUAAUGAGGAGUACAAAAUCUGGAAGAAAAACACGCCCUUCCUGUACGACCUGGUCAUGACACACGCGCUCGAGUGGCCCUCACUAACUGCCCAGUGGUUGCCGGAUGUGACGAAGCCGGAGGGGAAGGAUUACUCGGUGCAUCGGCUCAUCCUCGGCACGCACACAUCGGACGAGCAGAACCAUCUGCUGAUUGCGAGCGUGCAGCUGCCGAACGAGGACGCCCAGUUCGAUACGGGCCACUACGACAACGAGAAGGGCGAGUUUGGCGGGUUCGGGUCGGUGUCGGGCAAGAUCGAGAUCGAGAUCAAGAUUAACCACGAGGGCGAGGUUAAUCGGGCCCGCUACAUGCCACAGAACCCGUGCGUAAUCGCUACUAAAACGCCGUCGAGCGAUGUGCUCGUGUUCGACUACACGAAGCACCCGAGCAAGCCGGAACCCAGCGGUGAGUGCCAUCCGGAUCUGCGGCUGCGGGGCCACCAGAAGGAGGGCUAUGGGCUGUCGUGGAACCCGAACCUGAACGGCUAUCUGCUAUCGGCCAGCGACGACCAUACGAUCUGCCUGUGGGACAUCAAUGCGACGCCGAAGGAGCACCGGUUGAUCGACGCGAAGAACAUCUUCACCGGCCACACGGCCGUGGUGGAGGAUGUGGCCUGGCAUCUGCUGCACGAGUCGCUGUUCGGGUCGGUGGCGGACGAUCAGAAGCUGAUGAUAUGGGACACGCGGUGCAACAACACCUCGAAACCGUCGCACACGGUCGAUGCGCACACGGCCGAGGUGAACUGCCUCAGCUUCAACCCGUACUCGGAGUUCAUUCUGGCGACGGGUUCGGCCGACAAAACAGUGGCGCUGUGGGAUCUGCGCAAUCUGAAGCUGAAGCUCCACUCGUUCGAAUCGCACCGGGACGAGAUUUUCCAGGUACAGUGGUCGCCGCACAACGAAACGAUUCUCGCGUCGUCCGGCACCGAUCGGCGAUUGCACGUGUGGGAUCUGUCGAAGAUUGGAGAGGAGCAAAGCGCGGAGGACGCGGAAGAUGGUCCGCCGGAGCUGCUGUUCAUUCACGGCGGUCACACGGCCAAGAUAUCCGACUUCUCGUGGAACCCGAACGAACCGUGGGUCAUCUGUUCCGUGUCGGAGGACAACAUUAUGCAGGUGUGGCAGAUGGCGGAAAACAUGUACAAUGACGAGGAUCCGGAAGUGCCGGCGAGUGAGAUCGAGGGUGGUGCCCCGUAAGCACGCACCACCGGCAGCCGUUCCUGUGUCCUGUGAACCAUUCGAAGCAUUAUCCCCGGCGGUAGAGUUGCUGGGCGAAUCAAACACACACACACACUUCACUUUGCGUUCGCUGGGGAAUUAUGUUAUUUUUCAGUCUUUUUUUAAUUAACUUGUGCACACGACCGUCAGCGAUGGAAACUGUGGCAGCAAUUCUCUGCUCCUGUGCACUGCUGCGCAGGGAUGUGCGGAUUACUGUACCAGCAAAUAUUUUAAAUAAAACGUUCAUUUUACGGACAAAACCUAGAA